AGCGAGCCCCUGACGGCGGGCGGCGUGUGACGCAGUCGGGCCCUCUGCGCGCUGCGCCUGAAGCGGUGGUCGGUAUCGGUGGUGGUGGAGGUGGCGACGGUUUCGUGGCGGCCGCGCGCUGCUCGCUGAGCGGCGGGUGGCAGACGGGCCUAGGCCCUCACUCCUGACACUUCCUCUCCCCCACCUCACGGCGCUGCUGGAGACUCAGAAGGAAGCAUCCAGCUAGUGAUCUUCAACAGUAUUGGAAUAGAAAGCAGGAAAUACGGACAAGACUUAGAAAGCUUUCUGAAGCAAAGACUCAUUUUGAAGAUGUUUAAUAAGUCAUUUGGAACACCCUUUGGGGGUGGCACAGGUGGUUUUGGCACAACUUCAACAUUUGGACAGAAUACUGGAUUUGGCACUACUAGUGGAGGGGCAUUUGGAACAUCUGCAUUUGGUUCUAGCAACAAUACUGGAGGUCUGUUUGGAAAUUCACAGACCAAACCAGGAGGAUUAUUUGGUACCAAUUCAUUUAGCCAGCCAGCUACCUCCACAAGCACUGGCUUUGGGUUUGGCACAUCAACAGGAACAUCAAACAGCUUGUUUGGAACUGCAAGCACAGGGACCAGUCUUUUCUCAUCCCAAAACAAUGCCUUUGCACAAAAUAAACCAACAGGUUUUGGGAAUUUUGGAACAAGUACUAGCAGUGGAGGACUUUUUGGAACUACAAAUACCACCUCCAAUCCUUUUGGUAGCACAUCUGGCUCCCUCUUUGGGCCAAGUAGUUUUACAGCUGCUCCUACUGGGACUACCAUUAAGUUUAACCCUCCAACUGGUACAGAUACUAUGGUUAAAGCUGGAGUUAGCACUAACAUCAGUACCAAGCACCAGUGUAUUACUGCUAUGAAGGAAUAUGAAAGCAAGUCACUAGAGGAACUUCGUUUAGAGGAUUAUCAGGCCAACCGGAAAGGCCCGCAGAACCAGGUGGGAGCAGGUACCGCGACUGGCUUAUUUGGGUCUUCUCCCGCCACCUCCAGUGCAGCAGGACUCUUCAGCUCUUCCACCACGAAUUCAGGCUUUGCAUAUGGUCAGAACAAAACAGCCUUUGGAACUAGUACAACUGGAUUUGGAACAAAUCCAGGUGGUCUCUUUGGCCAACAAAAUCAGCAGACUACCAGCCUCUUCAGCAAACCAUUUGGCCAGGCCACAACCACCCAGACCACUGGCUUUUCCUUUGGUAAUACUAGCACACUAGGACAGCCAAGCACCAACACCAUGGGUUUAUUUGGAGUUACCCAAGCCUCACAGCCAGGAGGUCUUUUUGGGACAGCCACAAACACCAGCACGGGGACAGCAUUUGGAACAGGAACAGGUCUCUUUGGGCAGACCAAUACUGGAUUUGGUGCUGUUGGUUCGACCCUGUUUGGCAAUAACAAGCUUACUUCAUUUGGAACCAGCACAACCAGUGCUCCUUCAUUUGGUACAACCAGUGGCGGGCUCUUUGGUAACAAACCAACCCUGACUUUAGGAACCAAUACAAACACUUCCAAUUUUGGGUUCGGCACAAAUACCAGUGGGAAUAGUAUUUUUGGAAGUAAGCCAGGACCUGGGACUCUAGGAACUGGGCUUGGUGCAGGAUUUGGAACAGCUCUUGGUGCUGGACAGGCAUCUUUGUUUGGGAACAACCAACCUAAGAUUGGAGGGCCUCUUGGUACAGGAGCCUUUGGGGCCCCUGGAUUUAAUACUACGACAGCCACUUUGGGCUUUGGAGCCCCCCAGGCCUCAGUAGCUUUGACAGAUCCAAAUGCCUCUGCUGCCCAGCAGGCUGUUCUCCAACAGCACAUCAACAGUCUGACAUAUUCACCUUUUGGAGACUCUCCUCUCUUCCGGAAUCCCAUGUCAGACCCUAAGAAGAAAGAAGAGAGGUUGAAACCAACAAAUCCAGCAGCCCAAAAGGCUCUCACAACACCUACUCAUUAUAAACUGACACCCCGCCCUGCCACCAGAGUCCGACCAAAGGCUUUACAAACAACAGGCACAGCCAAGUCACAUCUCUUUGAUGGACUGGAUGACGACGAACCAUCCUUAGCCAAUGGAGCAUUCAUGCCCAAGAAGAGCAUUAAGAAGCUGGUUUUGAAAAACCUUAAUAAUAGCAAUCUCUUCUCUCCUGUUAAUCGUGAUUCAGAAGAUCUAGCUUCACCGUCUGAUUUUCCAGAAAAUGGAGAGAGAUUCAGUUUUCUGAGCAAACCAGUUGAUGAGAACCAUCAGCAGGAUGGAGAUGAUGAUUCUCUUGUGUCACGUUUUUAUACUAACCCUAUUGCCAAACCCAUUCCUCAAACCCCAGAGAGUGCUGGAAAUAAACAUAACAGCAGCAACAAUGUGGAUGACACCAUUGUUGCAUUAAACAUGCGUGCUGCCUUGCGAAAUGGGCUGGAAGGAAGCAGUGAAGAGACCUCUUUUCAUGAGGAGUCACUGCAGGAUGACCGAGAAGAAAUAGAAAAUACUUACAAUAUGCAUCCAGCAGGCAUUGUUCUCACUAAGGUUGGUUACUAUACUAUUCCAUCCAUGGAUGACCUUGCUAAAAUUACCAAUGAUAAAGGAGAGUGCAUCGUCUCUGACUUCACUAUUGGUCGUAAAGGUUAUGGUUCAAUCUAUUUUGAAGGAGAAGUGAAUUUGACAAAUCUAAAUUUAGAUGAUAUUGUGCAUAUCCGAAGGAAAGAAGUGAUUGUCUAUUUAGAUGAUAACCAAAAACCACCUGUGGGUGAAGGACUAAAUAGGAAGGCUGAAGUUACAUUGGAUGGAGUUUGGCCAACAGAUAAAACAUCUCGAUGUUUAAUAAAGAGCCCAGAUCGACUUGCUGAUAUCAACUAUGAGGGAAGAUUGGAAGCAGUUUCAAGGAAACAAGGAGCUCAGUUCAAAGAGUACCGUCCUGAAACAGGUUCUUGGGUGUUUAAGGUCUCCCAUUUUUCUAAGUAUGGCCUUCAGGAUUCUGAUGAAGAGGAGGAGGAACGGCCAUCCAAAACUAGUACAAAGAAGUUGAAGACUGCCCCUUUGCCUCCUGCAGGCCAGGCCACCCCAUUCCAGAUGGCUCUUAAUGGCAAACCAGCACCUCCACCCCAGAGCCAGAGCCCAGAGGUGGAGCAGUUAGGGAGGGUUGUGGAACUGGACAGUGACAUGGUAGAUAUCACCCAGGAGCCAGUUUUGGAUUCCAUGUUAGAAGAGAGCGUGCCUGAGGAUCAGGAACCUGUGUCCGCCUCAACACACAUUGCAUCUUCACUGGGAAUUAAUCCACAUGUCUUACAGAUCAUGAAAGCAUCUUUGCUUGCUGAUGAAGAAGAUGUAGAUAUGGUCAUGGAUCAACGCUUCAGUCGUCUUCCUUCUAAAGCAGAUACUUCUCAAGAAAUCUGUUCUCCCAGGCUCCCCAUUUCAGCAACUCACUCAUCAAAAUCCCGUUCACUAGUAGGUGGGUUGCUACAAUCAAAAUUUACAAGUGGAACUUUUCUUUCACCAAGUGCCUCUUUACAAGAAUGUCGCACUCCCAGAACACCAUCACUGAUGAAUAUCCCAUCCACAUCCCCUUGGUCUGUCCCUCCACCCCUGACCUCUGUGUUCACAGUGCCCAGCCCAGCCCCUGAGGUUCAGUUGAAAACAGUGGGUACACGCAGGCAACCAGGCCUAGUCCCUCUUGAAAAGUCUGUCACCUAUGGAAAGGGGAAACUCUUGAUGGACAUGGCCCUGUUUAUGGGACGCUCGUUUCGGGUUGGUUGGGGCCCCAACUGGACUCUGGCUAAUAGUGGAGAACAGCUGUGCAGCUCUCAGGAACUGGAAAAUCAUCAGAUUGUUGAGUCUAUGGAAUAUGGAUUCCUGCCUAAUCCAGUAGCUGUUAAAUCCCUAACUGAGUCUCCAUUCAAGGUUCAUUUGGAAAAACUCAGUUUGAGGCAACAGAAGCCAGAUGAAGACCUGCAGUUAUACCAGACACCUCUGGAGCUUAAAUUAAAACAUAGUACUGUCCAUGUGGAUGAGCUGUGUCCUCUCAUUGUCCCCAAUCCGGGAGUUGCUGUCAUUCAUGACUAUGCAGAUUGGGUUAAAGAAGCAUCAGGAGACUUUUUGGAAGCACAAAUUGUGAAGCACUGGAGCCUAACAUGGACAUUAUGUGAAGCUCUGUGGGGCCACUUGAAGGAGCUUGAUAGCCAGCUGGAUGAGCCUGGUGAAUACAUUCAGAUUCUGGAACGAAGAAGAGCUUUCUCUCGCUGGCUGUCCCAUACUGCUGCACCUCAAAUUGAGGAGGAAGUCUCCUUAACCCGAAAAGACAACCCUGUGGAGGCUGUCUUCAGCUACCUCACCGGGAAGAGGAUCAGUGAGGCCUGCUCUCUGGCCCAGCAGUCAGGUGAUCAUCGUCUUGCCCUUCUUUUAUCCCAGUUGGUUGGCAGCCAGUCAGUCCGUGAGCUGCUUACUAUGCAGCUGGUGGAUUGGCAUCAGCUCCAGGCUGACUGCUUCAUCCAGGAUGAGAGACUGCGCAUCUUUGCCCUAUUGGCUGGAAAACCGGUAUGGCAGCUCUCAGAGCAGAAGCAAAUCAAUGUAUGCUCUCAGUUGGACUGGAAACGUUCCUUGGCUGUCCAUCUUUGGUAUUUGCUUCCCCCAACAGCCUCCAUUUCCAGGGCACUCAGCAUGUAUGAAGAAGCAUUUCAGAAUACCUCUGAAGGUGACAGAUAUGCCUGCUCCCCACUUCCCUCAUACCUGGAGGGCUCUGGCUAUGUGGUAGAGGAGGAGCAAGACUCACAGAGACCUCUUCAAGACGUCUGUUUUCACCUUCUAAAACUCUACAGUGACAGACAUUAUGAUCUCAAUCAGCUGUUGGAGCCUCGAAGCAUAACAGCAGAUCCUUUGGACUACCGCCUAAGCUGGCACUUGUGGGAGGUGCUGCGGGCUCUUAACUACACCCAUCUCUCAGAGCAGUGUGAGGGUGUGCUGCAGGCCAGUUAUGCUGGCCAGCUGGAAAGUGAAGGGCUCUGGGAGUGGGCUGUCUUUGUCCUCCUGCACAUCAGCAACUCAAGCAUGCGUGAGAAAGCUGUUCGAGAGGUGCUUACCCGGCACUGCCAGCUAUCAGAGACUCCUGAAUCCUGGGCUAAGGAAACUUUCCUGACCCAGAAGCUUUGUGUGCCUGCUGAAUGGAUUCAUGAGGCCAAAGCAGUGCGAGCACACAUGGAAUGUGACAAACAUUUGGAGGCCCUCUAUUUAUUUAAAGCAGGGCACUGGAACCGCUGCCACAAACUCGUCAUCCAGCACUUAGCUUCUGAUGCCAUUAUUAAUGAGAACUAUGACUACCUGAAGGGGUUCUUGGAAGACCUGGCACCUCCAGAGCGUAGCAGUCUAAUCCAGGACUGGGAAACAUCUGGGCUUGUUUACCUGGACUACAUUCGAGUCAUUGAAAUGCUCCACCAUAUACAGCAGGUGGAUUGCUCAGGUUAUGAACUAGAGCAGUUACACACCAAAGUGACUUCACUGUGCAACCGGAUAGAGCAGAUCCAGUGUUACAAUGCCAAGGAUCGCUUGGCACAAUCAGAUAUGGCCAAACGUAUAGCCAACCUGUUACGGGUAGUACUGAGUCUUCAGCAUGCCCCUGAUGCACCCUCCGACUCAACGCUGGACCCUCAGCGAGUCCCUUUGCGCCUAUUAGCUCCCCACAUUGGCCGGCUCCCCAUGCCUGAGGACUAUGCCUUGGAAGAACUGCGCAGUCUCACCCAGUCGUACCUACGGGAACUGACUGUUGGGAGCCAGUGAGCCCUGGGCUCCUCCCCCCACACUCACAUGCUCAUUCACACUCACUACACAGAGGUCCCCUGCAUUGAGCUGAUUGGCACUGUUUGCCAUUCUCUGAGUUGGCUGUGGAAUCCACCCUCCCUUCCUGCUGCCCAAGCAGCAUCCUCCAGUUGUUCAGGGCUUUUCUUAAUACUAAACAUAGCAUAAGGGCUUUUGGAACCCAAAAAAGGAGCCAAGUCUCUUUUUACCGUCAUCAAAUACCUUUUUUUUUCUUUCUUUUCUUUUUUUUUUUUUUUCUUUUUUCUUUUUUUUUCCUCUCUUUUUAAAAAUGGUCAGUAAAACACCUUUGACAGAAUUCUCCCCUCCUCAAAAGAACCAGGGAAUCCUUUUCCACCCUUAUCCAUUCUGGAUCUGGUGACCAUCCAUGCCAACCUGAUACCCUACUCCUACUCCCACCCUUUUAUACUAGGACUCUUUAGAAGGAGUAGGACAUGUGAUGGGACAAAUAUGUUUUCCUAGGACUGUCUAUCCUUAGCAGAUGAACUAUCCAUAGAAGGAAGGAGACUCUGUGUCUUAAGUAAGUUGGAUUAACACUGACUUUUGGAGUCAGAAGAGGGUUGGGCUAAGUUAGGAAGCAGAACAGAGUCUGACUCAUUUUGGGUAGAAGUAAGUGCCUGCCAUGGAGGGAUGGAAUUUCAGGAACCUUCAAGGCUUGCUUGUUCCUACCUUGAAUGUUGUGUGAACACCAAACCUUCCCUACUACCGUGUGCAGGAGCCCUUGGUCAUAGAUCCCAUGUCUCUAAGAAGCUCUCAAAGCUCAGUUUGGUGCCUGGUUUUCAGUCAUCUUGCUGGGCCUCCUGUCUAGAUUUGCCUGAAGAGUUUGGAUAAAACCACAGGUUGGGUAGCCCUCCCUGUCCCUCCCAUUCUAGCCCAAACCAUUUCCCACCCUCCAUCUACAGUCCCAGAAGGUAAAACCAUCACUGAGGCAAGCAAAGAGCUGGGCUUCAGGGGCAGGCACAGGGCCUUGGCUACACUGCUGCCAGCUAUGGGGAGCCCCAGCUAACAGCCUGAGACUGCUGGUGUUGGGGCUGUCACAGACAUCAUGGCCAUGCCUGGGUCUUUAUGCAUGAAGAUUAUGUAAAGGUUUUUAUUAAAAAGUAUAUAUAUAUAAAUAAAUGAUCUAGAUUAUUUUCCUCUUUUUCUGAAGCUACUUUCUUAAAAAAAAAAUAAUAAAAUGAAAUGUUUACAGCA